CAUUUACAUUGAAACCGUCGACGGAGACGGUCGCUCUGCUCCAACUGCCUGCGAAAGAAAGAGAGAAAGCGAACGUCGGCGCUUCUAAAGUUGUUAUUGUUUGUUACACUGCGAAAUGUUAUUAUUGUUAUUGCCAGGCAGCAUGGCGCAACGGCAAAGAAAAAGCUGAUAAAAGCGGAAAAGAAAUAGGGUAAACAAGAACGGAGUGUAGUGCAAAAGUUGAACGGAAAUUGAUAAGCUGUGAGAAAUAAUAAUAAAUCAUCGGCGACAACGGCGGCGACGGCUACUGUGAAAGCUGCACAGAAUCUCAUCCGCACUCUACCAUCAAUGUAACUCGAGGAGUCGAAGCCUGCAGCCACCAGCAUGCCCAGAUAGCAGUCCCAGGAUCCCGAUCUCAUUCACAAACAGCACUUUGGGCGCUCUACUCUCCUCCAUUGAAACCUCAAGAAUUCGACCUAAUUAAAGGCUAGUGCUGGGCAAAAAAAAAAAUGGCUCACUUCAGUGGACAUCGCCAGCCGGCGGAGGUGCCAGCCCAUUUCAAAAAUCUCUUCACCAACGGGCAGCUGGGAGCGGCGGAGGAGAAGCACAAUGGGGACAAUGGCGAGCAGGAGAAUCAGCAGAACAAUGCCAACAAUAACAAUGGGCCAUCGGAUCCCUCCUGCUGGGUCUUUGGUUACGGAUCCCUCUGCUGGCAUCCGGGCUUCACCUACACCAAGUGCAUCACGGGCUACAUUCGAGGCUACGUCCGGCGCUUCUGGCAAGGGAACGUCACCCACCGCGGAUGCACAGAGAAGCCUGGACGUGUUGCAACGCUCGUUGAGGACAAAGAGGGCAUUACUUGGGGCUGCGCUUAUAGAAUAACGGGGAGCACGGCUCUGGAAUAUCUCAAGCAGCGCGAGUGCACGCUGGGUGGCUAUGCAACAAUCGACACCAAAUUCUUCCCCCGCGUCGCCUCCCAGGACACGCCCUUCAGCGGAGAGGCGGUGGAAGUAUUAGUGUAUAUUGCCACUCCAGAGAACCUCCAUUGGCUAGGAGACGAUCCAGUUGAGGAGAUAGCCAAACAGAUCGUUACCUGCAGCGGACCCAGCGGCCACAAUGCCGAGUACCUGCUUCGAUUGGCCCUAUUCAUGCACGAGGAGAUCCCUGGCGUGAGAGACGAUCACCUGUUCGAACUGGAGCGGCUGGUACUGGAGGAGCUGUACCGCCGGGAAAUACCUCUGUCGUCUGUGAUGGGCCGCAAUCCGGACCGGAUACGGCGCGACUCCCACGAGGACAUCCGCCGCCCGCCCUCCUUCGAGUUUACGUCCCGCGUGCCCGAUACAAAACUGCGCUGCCUGAACAUUUGAUUGCGGGUGUGCUGGCGGAGGACGAUGGCGGACAAUGGUGUCCGCCGGAAACCAAGAGCAGCAGCAAGAGCUAGUGAUAUGCAGGCCGCGUUUAUGGCUACAGCCAAUUCCAAAUUCUUGAUCGACAUUUUAGCUUGUUAGAAGAAACCAGAGUCUAUCGCCAAAUUCGACGUAUUCUUUAUAUUGUAAAUAAUCCUAAGGCCUAACCUUAAGCAGCAAAUCCUCGAUAAGUGAUCUGAUUUAGCCACUAAGCUAGAUUUAAGCCAGUCCGUAAGCACAAACGACUUUUUACACGCAAAACUGUCAGGGAGAUAAAUUAAAAACAAAAGAAAUUAACACAA